AUGGAGAAAGAUGACCUAGAAGUAGAACCCGCCGGAAAACCUUUGUACAGGCUUUACUUCAAGGGUUUGGUAACCGAGGAAAAAGCGAUGUUAUUCGCAGCAUUCGGCGUUGCAAUUUGCGGCGACAAGGAAGAUCUAUUGUUUGACAUGAAGGGGCCAAUUCAUGACCCCGCAAUUACACUUUUGGAGGCUGAGCUUAUAGCGUUGAAGAGCGGAUUAAGUCAAGCCGUGAGUUUGGGGAUCAAUCAUAUCUCAAUUUGCUGCGAUCAUGAUCAGAUUUUCGAAUUGGUCACGGGGAGAUCCACGCCAGAGCAAGAAAACAUUGCCUUGCUAAUGCUUGAUGUGCAAGGCAUCAGAAAAUCUUUGACAUCUAGCAUCCCUGUUCUGUUGACUCGAGACCAAUCAAAUUUUGCCUACGAAUUUGCAAUAGAAGCAAUCUCUUCUGAUAUCAUCAUAGAUAUUCCUUCUCAGAAAGAGACUUGCAAUAUCUGUUUGAACGAUGACAUCAAUGCUGAUCAGAUGUUUUCUGUUGAUAAAUGUGGUCAUAUGUUUUGUUCUGAAUGCGUUAAACGACAUAUAGAGGUGAGACUACUAGAGGGAAGUUUGAUAAGAUGUCCUGAUUAUCGUUGCAUAUCUCUGCUGACUUAUGGAAGUUGUGUCAACCUUUUGACACCUAAACUAAAAGAGAUGUGGGAACAAAAGACUAAAGAAGACUCCAUCCCGGUAACGAAUAGAGUUUAUUGCCCAAACCCGAGGUGCUCGACUUUAAUGUCGGAAACCGAGCUCUCUGAACUUAUCAUUGGAUUUAGGAGAUGCUGUGUAAAAUGCGGCGAACCCUUUUGCACCAAGUGCAAAGUACCGUGGCAUAAUAACUUGUUGUGCGACCAGUACAAGAGGUUACAUCCAAAUCCUACAGAAAACGAUGGAAAGCUAAAAGGUCUAGCGAAUGAGAAAUCGUGGCGUCAAUGCAGCAAGUGUAAACACAUGAUUGAACGUUCUUCUGGAUGCCUCAGUGUAAUUUGCAGGUAA